AUUCGACUUUAAUUAAUAAGGCGACCACUUCCGGGACAUCCGUCAAAAUGGCGGCGGCAGGUCGACUGUUACGAAAACUUUCUCCCGUUUUUAAAAGAAACCACUGGCAUUCACUUUUGUUAAAAACAGCUGCACCGGCUUGCCAAGUUCGUUUUGCUGGAACAGUAAGAUGGGAUCCUUUAUCGGACCCCGAGUGGAUUGAAAAAUUAUCAGGAACAGUGUUGUAUCCAGAUCCAGAGAUAUCCAAUUACUAUCCACCAGAAUUGAGUGAUGAAGAAAUUGACCUCAAGGUGUCUAACUUCACUUUGAACUUCGGACCUCAGCAUCCUGCGGCUCACGGCGUAUUACGAUUGAUCGCAACACUUCAAAAUGAGACUGUUGUUAAAUGUGACCCACAUAUAGGGUUACUCCACAGAGCUACAGAGAAGUUGAUUGAGUACAAGACAUAUACACAGGCCUUGCCAUACUUUGAUAGACUGGACUAUGUUUCAAUGAUGUGUAAUGAACAAGCUUACUCCCUAGCCGUGGAAAAGUUACUCAACAUUGAUGUACCAAUCAGAGCCAAAUAUAUCCGAACCCUGUUUGGAGAGAUUACCAGAAUUCUUAACCAUUUGAUGUCCAUUGGAACACAUGCUCUUGAUGUAGGAGCAUUGUCCCCUUUCUUUUGGCUCUUUGAAGAGCGAGAAAAGUUGAUGGAGUUUUAUGAGAGAGCAUCAGGAGCUAGAAUGCAUGCUGCUUAUGUGAGGCCUGGAGGAGUGGCACUUGAUCUGCCACUUGGUUUAAUGGAUGAUAUUUAUGACUUUAUUACAAAAUUUAAUCUGCGUUUGGAAGAACUGGAAAAUGUGCUUACAGAAAACCGCAUCUGGGUAAUGCGUACCAUAGACAUAGGUGUAGUCACAGCUCAAGAUGCUUUGGCCUAUGGAUUCAGUGGAGUGAUGCUUCGAGGCUCUGGCAUUAUGUGGGAUCUAAGGAAGACUCAGCCUUACGAUGCCUACGACAGAGUGGAGUUUGAUGUACCGAUCGGUAUACAUGGGGACUGCUACGACAGAUACCUGUGCCGUAUGGAGGAGAUGAGACAGAGUGUCAGAAUCAUUCACCAGUGCUUAAAUGACAUGCCUCCAGGAGAAGUCAGAACAGAUGACAAUAAAAUAGUUCCCCCUAAAAGGGCAGAAAUGAAGGAGAGUAUGGAAGCCCUGAUCCACCACUUCAAGUUGUACACAGAGGGCUACAAUGUGCCCCCAGGGUCAACUUACACAGCCGUAGAGGCACCCAAGGGUGAGUUUGGAGUGUACCUGGUGUCGGAUGGAACUAACAAACCAUACAGGUGUAAAAUCAAGGCCCCUGGAUUUGCUCAUUUGGCCGCACUGGAUCACAUUGCUAAAAACCACAUGUUGGCAGAUUUAGUGGCCAUCAUCGGAACACUGGAUAUUGUGUUUGGAGAGGUGGACAGAUAAAGAAAUUCUAUCAGAGAACUGUGUUGUAAUUUAUUGUGAAAUAAAGCUGUUGACACUUUCUUGUGCAAAGAAAAUCUCAGAUAAUUUCGAUUCUCUAAAGGUAUCACACUGAAACACUGUAGAGAUGACUUAUAUUCAAUAAAAUUGUUUUAAUAA